AUGCCUUUUCCUCCUAUAAACCUUCAUUCACGGAUAUCUUCUCCAGGAAAGGACCUAUUUCGGAAGAAAAAGGCUGGCACGAGCGUUGUGCCACCUCAGUCUUUGCUAAAUUCUACACCGCUCGAGAAGAAAGAAGCGGAAAAGGACAAAUUGUCCACAUCCUGGCCCUCAGCCAAUCUGAAACAGCUGGGACGGAGGCCGCCUCCGCCGCAACAAGCGGGUAAAUUCACAGACAUUACAACCCCAAAUCUGGACAUGGAUGUCCGGGGUUCGUGGCUGAAUGUGAACAGAGCGCUGGGCGGCUCGUGUGAGAGCGUCCCGCGCUCCAGCUCAGGAGAAUCAGCCGCCCGGCGCGCCAUCAGCAGAGAGGACCUGGAUCAAGAGGUCCAGUUUUCACUCAGCCUUACUCCCGAAGCCAUCCUCGUCAUCCAGAAACGGAAUCUGGAAAAACAGAUGCUGGCGAAGCAGAAGUGCUGCGGAUCAGCGGAGGCCAGACACCGGCGGGCUGCUCAAUCCAAGAGGGCGCAGGGCGCAUCGAAGUGCACUGCACCUGUAGCCAAACUGGACAGCUCGAACGACAUCAGUGCGAUCGUGAAGAUCUCGCUGCUUAACGAUCAGCACAAAUACGACGAUGUCGAGUACGAGGAGGAGGACGGAGACGUGGACGAGACUGUUAUGCGUAAAUGUAAAGAAUGGCUGAAAGGUGUGGAGAGCGCCGCCGCAUUCAGCAAAGUGGACAAGCUGUCAGCUCUACCGCAUCUCAAGAGCUGAUCUUAUACCAGCAUUCAUCAGACAACCGUAAUACAAUGUGGAGCAAAUGGUCUUUAGUUGACGUUCUGUUAGUGCCAAAUAUGUCCACUAUAUUUUACAAGAUGUCAAGUUGACUGACCUUCAUUUUGAUAUGAAUCUGAUUUAUUUCCAUCUUGCAGCGCUGAUUUUGCAUUCACCUUUUGAGGAGUUUGACAUGUUCUUUCAGUGUCUCCAUGACUUUCCUCCAGGUACUCAGUACAUCCGACUCCCCCGCCCAAGAAACAGGCAGAGGGUGGAUUGUCUGUUCUAAAUUGCCACUGUGUGUGUGUGUGCUUCCCUGUGAUGAAUUUUCACUGAAUGAAUGGAUCUUGCAGGCCUCUUACUGUCCUUGUUUUCUCCUCUGUCCUUUCAUUUGUUUAUGUCCUUGACCUGUUGGUGAUAGAAUAACUUUGCUAAGAUCACAGUGUUCCAUAUGAUGCAUACGUUACAACAUUCCAUAUAUCUGACAAUUAUGUCACAGGGCAACUUAACUAAUAGUCUCAUUCCAAAAUCUCGUUCUUGCUUGGAUUUCAAGCCUAAUAUCCAAUGAUUGUCAUGCUGAACUCUUUGAAUUUCAUACAGGAAUCCAAACAGCCAAGCAGUUAUUUUUUUAGUCUGAGCAAAUGUAUGUAAGAUCUCAUUGGAGUGAAGUACAAG